CAUCACAUGAAUGGAAAUUGGUAAUUCGCGAUUCGCAGUCGUAUUUGUAGCUGGCGAAAAAACGUACAGUGAUACAAAGAAACAUUUUCUUUUGAAUUUUCAUCGAAAAAUUUAGAGAAACCGAAGUGAAAAUCUUGGAAAAACGCUUUUUCGAAACUGGAAAGUGUGAUUUUUACUGUGAAUAUUCAGUGAGCAACAUGGGAAUGAUAACUAGAGUUCGUGGCAGAUUAAGAAGUCUGCAUACGUUGCCCAAGUUAGAUGACAAAGAUCGUGAUGAAAAAAUUGCAGAAACAGUUUGUCUGCUGUCCAUUUUAUUUCUACUACCCUACUGUUCGAGAGGCCAUGUACCACUCUUAGUUAGUCUUGGUGGGUGGUUCGUUACAACCUACUCUUUUCUGGUACUGCCUCUUCUCAUAUCAGCCAAUUACAAGUACCCAGUGCGAUGGUUGAGAAGUAUCAGAGAGAACAUUCCUCGUAUUUUUAAAAAAUAUUCAAAACCAACUUGGAAUUUCAUCUGUAGAGUGUAUUCACCAGUACAUAAAUGUGAAAAUGUUUUCAUGAAAAUGAACAAUAUUUCUAAUCUGAUUACCCAGCUGAUAUUCUUCAUUGCCUGCGACAAAGUCCUCCUCUGCAGCCUCGGCGGGCAAAACUGUCCCAAAAAACGAGUUACAGGCCUCUACUCCCUCAUGUUCUACAACGUCAUAGCCUACUGCGUCAGCUACAUCAAAGAACUCAUCGAAAAAGAGGACUGGUCGGUCACUGUCAACAUGACUCAUCACAGCAACCUCAAACACGUCGCCAUGUCAGCGACCAAAAUCGUUCUAGAAUGGACGAAAGCCGUCACCUUUAUUAUAACAGUGACGUUUAUGCUUUUGGUGUUUGGCUUGGAGCAAGGCUUACAACAUUAUCAUCCAACGCCGUUGUAUACAUUCAUCACUUGGACUUACUAUAUGUGCACCGAAAAAGUUUUCGUAGAUUUGUUUUUACCGUUACUUCUGAUGUUAAAACUAAAUUCUCUCGAAGCCUUGGAGCAGUUCUAUGCCCCAGUCAUUCUCAGAUAUUACACUAUCACGCUAGCGGUGAUUAUGGUGAUCCUCUUACCAUUCUACGGACAAUUCAAGUUUAUGUUUAUCGCGUUUUACAUCAUGGUGUAUCUUAGAACAAAAGAUAUGGUGGUGAACUGUUUAAAAAAGCUUAGGACCGAGCAGGCGGUCUUGGGUCAGUUUCGUUACGCGACCAGUGACGAAAUCGAGAAUUGUGAUGACGUAUGUGCGGUUUGCCUGAGUCAGAUGACGAAAGCAAGAGUGACGCCUUGUCAGCAUAUGUUCCACGCCAACUGUCUGAGGGAAUGUUUGAAUAAUUCGAAUAAGUGCCCUAUUUGUAAAAGAGAGUACGUUUUUGUGCACUAGUAUUUUUUGGGUGAUUAUUGCAUUCUAAAGAAAGAAAAAUAUAUAGACAUAAGAUAUAGAAAAAGUAUAUCUAUGUUUCAAUUUUAUGACUAUGUUGUAUAAAAAUAUUGCAUACCUAUAUAACUAUAGUUUGUGCACCAAAUUGUGUAUUAUUCUAUUGUGAUACAUUAUUGCUAAUCAAUAUAUCAGACCUAAGUGCAACUAUAUUUAUUAAACAGUCGCUCUAGAUACAAUAUCUAUCUAAAAUACCAAUGCUUUAUUUUACUGGAGCACAAAACACAACUACUGCAGCACAAACGUACUUUACGCAAGCACAAAAACUGUUUGGGGAAAUUUUACAGAUAUUUUUUACAGAUUUUGCAUUUUAUAAAAUACCUACUUCUUAUUUAUACAGGGCGAGUCUAGAAUGGACAAUAUAAUAUUAUAAGUGCAAAUAUUUUCAGGGCUGGUAGAUCUCGAUAAAAGAAACAUAUUUUCUCUU